AUGCCCGGAGCUGGGGCUGGCGGGAACGGCACGCUCUUCCCCUUCUUUUCGGACUUCAAGGGCGCCGCCGUUCGCGUGGGGCUGAGCGUCCUGGAGACGGCCGUGCUGGCGUCGAUUUUCGCCCUCGCCUUGGCGGCCAACGCGGGCGCCAUCCGCCUGGUGGUGCGCCGCAAGGGCCGGCCGGGCGCCGCCAGCUGCCUGGUGCUCAACCUCUUCUGCGCCGACCUGCUCUUCAUCAGCGCCAUCCCCGUCAUCGCGGUGGUGCGCUGGACCGAGAGCUGGACCCUGGGCGAGGCGGUCUGCCACCUGCUCUUCUACCUGAUGAGCCUGAGCGGCAGCGUCACCAUCCUCUCGCUGGCCGCCGUCAGCCUGGAGCGCGUGGUCAGCAUCGUCCGGUUCAAGCCCUCCAAGCCCUGGAAGGGCCGGCUGGUGGCCGCCUGCCUGCUGCUCAUUUGGGCCUUCUCGGCCCUGGCCACCCUCCCGCUCAGCCUCUUCUUCAGCGUCCAGCCGCUUCCCACCAGGGGCCAGGAAGUGUAUAUUUGCACUUUGGUUUGGCCCAGCAUUGCAGGAGAAAUCGCUUGGGAUGUGUCCUUUGCCACUGUGAUCUUCCUUAUACCAGGAUUGGUCAUUGUAAUUAGUUAUUCAAAGAUUUUACAGAUUGCCAAGGCCUCAAGGAGACGCCUGCAGGUGGGCAUGGCCUACUCUGAGAGACAUCACAUUCGCAUUUCCCAGCAAGAUUUCAAAUUGUUUCGGACUCUUUUUCUCCUGAUGAUUUCCUUCUUUGUCAUGUGGAGCCCGAUCAUCAUCACCAUUCUCCUCAUUUUAGUACAUAAGUUCAAUCCAGAUGUGAACAUUGCAUCUUUUGUUUUCUUCUGGAUAAUGGCUUUUACAUUUUCCAAUUCAAUCGUCAAUCCAGUUUUAUAUAAUAUAGUCCAAUUUAGACAUGGUUGGAGGCAAAUCUUUUUCUGUUGCCAAGAUCCUCUUGGGAGAAAAGAGAUUACAACAGACACUUCCCUGAAGCAACAUAAUGAGAGACAUUUCACAGUAGCUGUUAUCACCAGAUAACUGUGUGGUAUUCCUCAUAAGAAGAAUGUCAACAGUUUUUAAGAACUGGAGUAAGCAGUUGAGAAAACAAUCAAUUUGUAGAGAGGGUUGUGGUGGUAAGAAACAAGGAUUAAAUCUGAUAGCAAUAAACAUGCAUUAAAACAGUUUAGUUGAGAGCAUCUCCAUAUUAUACCAUCAACUUAUUAAAAUGAUGAUUUCUUCAGGAUCUUCAAAUCUCCUUGUGUAUAUCUGUGACAAAGCAACAGGUUCACAUGGGACUGUUGGGUUCAUAAGAGCAAGUAUAGAAUAAAGUGCCAGCUACUGGAAGAUUUCACCAUUUAAGUAUGCCUGUACCACUUUUAACAUGUCAGUUUUCCUCUAGAACAAUGUUUUUCAACCUUGACAACUUUAGAAUUCUGGGAGUUAAACAUCUUAAAGUUGCCAAGGUUGAGAAACGCUGCUCUAGGAGGUGAUGUCUUAGAUUUCUGACCACAGAUUUUUUUUAAAUUGGUGGCUAUAGAGAAUAAGAGGACCAGUUUCUGAUUGGCCUAUCUUUGAACCAGGCUGCUGAU